ACAUGUGAAAGAAACAUAGAGUGGUGAAACGCAGAGUGGCGAAACGUUAUUUACAAGUAGUGGAAGGAGUAAUCUAUAAGCAAAAAAACUCAAAUAUUGUACAAUAUGGCUGCUUUAACAUCAGCUAAAAGGAGCCUGAGAAAAGAAAUUAAAUACAUUAUUAAAAACAUAAGCAUAGAAAAAAGAAAGGAGCAAUCUGUUAUUGUGUUUGAAAAGCUACGCCACUUGAAGCAAUAUCAGAACAGCAAGAGAAUUUCUUUAUAUUUGAGUACUAAUGAUGAAAUUGAUACUGUACCCAUCUUGAAACACAUAUUUGAUAUGGGAAAAGAAGCAUUUGUACCACAAUAUCAAGGAAAAACUAUGGAAAUGGUAAAGCUAAAGUCAAUGGAGGAUUAUGAAACAUUGCCACUAACAAAAUGGAACAUUAAACAACCAAGUACUACUGAGAGUCAUGAAAACGCAUUAGAAACAGGUGGAUUAGAUUUAAUAAUUUUACCAGGCGUUGCUUUCACAAUGAGUGGAAAACGUUUGGGACAUGGAAUGGGUUACUACGACAAGUACUUAAAAAGAUGUUUUGAAAAAGAAAAAAUAAGACCUUAUCUAGUUGCAGUAGGAUUUAAAGAACAAAUACAAGAAGACAUUCCUGUUAAUGAGCAUGAUGUACCGGUUGAUAUCGUACUUACUGGAUAAUAAAUAAUAUAAUAAAAAAA